GUCGUGGGGUCAUUUUCUAACGGUUCAGGUAUCUGUGCUCUCGUUUUUCAUAUCAAUCAUUUUUCCGCUGUUUGCAUAGAAGCUCCUUUGACGUUGUUCCUUGGAGGAACAGAAGCAGCCAUUCCACACCAGAAAAAAUGGUGAAGAUUGGAAUCAACGGGUUUGGACGAAUCGGUCGUCUGGUGACCCGGGCUGCAGCCACUGGUGGGAAGGUUGAGGUUGUAGCCAUCAAUGACCCUUUUAUUGACCUUGACUACAUGGUCUACAUGUUCAAGUACGACUCCACUCAUGGUGUCUGGAAGCAUGGAGAGGUGAAGACGGAUGGCGGCAAGCUGAUUAUUGGCAAGAUGCAGAUCUCGGUCUUCCAUGAGAAGGACCCUGCCAACAUCAAAUGGGGUAGCGCUGCCGUAGACUAUGUUGUGGAGUCAACCGGUGUUUUCACCACCAUUGAUAAAGCUUCUAUUCACUUGAAAGGCGGCGCAAAGAGGGUGGUGAUCUCUGCUCCAAGCGCUGAUGCUCCCAUGUUCGUCAUGGGCGUCAACCAGGACAAGUACGACAAGUCCAUGAAGGUCGUCAGCAACGCUUCCUGCACAACCAACUGCCUGGCUCCCCUUGCCAAGGUCAUCAAUGACAACUAUGGAAUCAUUGAGGGUCUCAUGAGCACGGUCCAUGCUACUACUGCCACACAGAAGACUGUUGAUGGGCCUUCAGGUAAAAUGUGGAGAGAUGGGCGAGGUGCCGCACAGAACAUCAUCCCCGCCUCGACUGGAGCUGCCAAAGCAGUCGGCAAAGUGAUCCCUGAGCUGAACGGAAAGCUGACUGGUAUGGCUUUCCGUGUCCCCACCCCCAACGUAUCCGUUGUUGACCUGACGGUCCGUCUGGAAAAGCCAGCAAAGUAUGAUGACAUCAAAAAGGUUGUCAAGGCUGCAGCAGAUGGACCAUUAAAGGGAAUUCUGGGAUACACAGAAGACCAGGUUGUGUCUACAGACUUCAACGGUGACUCUCGCUCCUCAAUCUUUGACGCUGGCGCUGGCAUCGCAUUGAACGAUCACUUUGUGAAACUGGUUUCAUGGUAUGACAAUGAGUUUGGCUACAGCAACCGUGUGUGUGACCUGAUCCAGCACAUGUUCUCCAAGGAGUAAAGCUGAUGGCUGUUCCCUAUGGAAACUGUUUGGGACCUUUGCCCUUGGUUCAACCUACCUUUCUGAUGAACACUCUAAUGUAAUCACUUGUUUGGAAUUUUUUUCACCUGACUUAAUAAAGUUCUUUCAAUGAGA